AAACAUUUCACAAUUCCGGAAUAGAAAAGAUGAGGAAGGAGGUGGUGGUGGCGGCAGUAACUGUAACAACUGCAGCUGCUGCUGUCGCUGCGAUGGUGUUAGUGAGGCACUGGAAGCGCCAAAACGAGCGAAGUUGGAGGCAUGCAAAGCGCAUUUUGCGAAAGUUUGCGAGGGAGAGUGCUACUCCAGUCACCAAACUUUGGCUUGUGGCUAAUGACUUGGCGGUUGACAUGCAAACCGGCCUUAUUUCUGAACAAUCCAAACUUGGCAUGUUUCCUUUCUACUCCGGUUCACUGCCCACCGGUGAUGAGAAAGGGGUAUACUAUGGAAUAAACCUUCGCGGUGAUAAUUUCUUGAUUCUAAGAGCGCAGCUUGGAGGGAAGAAUGAAAUUUUAUCUGAAUUCCAGAGGGAGGAGGUUCAAAUUCCUUCCCGUGUAAUUUCUGCCGAUUCCAAGGAAUUAUUUGAUCUAAUUGCCUUGGAGCUUUCAAAAUUUGUUUCUCUUCAUGAAGACCUUACAGGAAAGACAAAACUAGAGAAGCUUAAACUAGGAUUUACAAUAUCACCUCCGGUUGACCAAGCUGCAGCCUCCUCGUGCAGAGGCAUCGAUUGGAGGAGGUUAACAGAUGACACAGUCAGGACACAGAUGAUGACUGAAAUUAAUGAGGCUUUGCUGAAGCAUGGCGUGGAAAUGCAAGUUUCUGCUAUGGUGGAUGAAGUCAUUGGCUGUUUGGCUGGGGCAAGGUACUACAGUAGAGAAAGUGUCGCUGCACUUAGUUUAGGGAUGGCCGUUAAUGCUGCUUAUAUGGAAUCAGUACAAGAAGUUCAAAAGUUGCAGGGCCAAUUAUCCAACUCUGGAGAAAUGGCUAUUAGUGUGAAUUGGGGAAAUUUUAGUUCCAUUCACCUUCCAAUGACAGAGUUUGAUGCUUCCUUAGAUUCUGAAAGCACAAAUCCUGGUAGCGGGAUAUUUGAAAAGCUUAUUUCAGGGAUGUAUUUAGGAGAGAUUGUUAGAAAAGUCCUACUGAAGAUGGCGCAAGAAGCAGCUUUAUUUGGAGAUAACCUCCCAAUCAAGCUCACCAUCCCAUACUUGUUGAGGUCACAUGAUGUGGCUAUUAUGCACCAGGACACAUCAGAGGAUUAUGAAAUGGUUGAUGAAAAACUGAAGGAAAUAUUCGAGAUAUCCAACACUACACCAGUGGUGAGAGAAAUCGUUGCAGAGGUCUGUGACAUAGUUGCAGAGCGCGGAGCUCGUCUUGUGGGAGCUGGAAUAAUGGGGAUUGUCAAAAAACUCGGAAGAAUUGCUAACAAGAAGAGUGUAAUUACGGUUGAAGGUGGACUGUAUGAGCAUUAUCGCAUCUUUAGAAACUAUCUGCAUAGCAGUGUUUGGGAGAUGCUGGGGAGUGACCUUUCUGACAAUGUGAUUAUAGAGCAUUCUCACGGAGGUUCAGGAGCUGGGGCUCUCUUUAUUGCUGCUUCACAGACGCGAGGUGCAGAUUCCUAGGCACACCAUUUUGAACCCUGUUCCUGUUGCCCCUAUAUUAUUGUAAUCUGAUAUCGAGAUUGUGGAAUUUUGUUCAUUCAUUUGUUUGUUAA